GGUGACGUUUUGAACGUUGGGCGCGUUUUAACUGCAGCAGUUGUGUUGUGACAGUGAAAGAAAACUCAGAAUCAGAAUGGCCUCCCCUGCCGCAUGCUUUGACGAGGGCUCUUUCAAGACCCCUAAAAAUACCAGAGUGAAGAGCUUUGGAAGUAACGGAGGGACCCCAAUCACCAUCCCGGCUUCACCUUUUAUGAAGAAGUUGGGCUGUGGGACUGGGGUCAACGUUUACCUCAUGAACAGAAAGGGGAAGUUGAAUGCAUCUCCCUGGGCUGUCAAGAAGAUCAAUAGCAAGUGUGCCACCAAACAGGUGGCUGUUUACCAGAAACGCCUGAACGAGGAGGCAAAGGUCCUGCAGGGAAUCAUUCAUCCAAACAUUGUUGGCUUCCGUGCGUUCACCACGGCCAAAGAUGGAUCAAAGUGUCUGGCAAUGGAGUACGGAGGAGAGCAGUCUCUCAAUGACCUGAUAGAGAAGAGGAGAGAGGAAGGCCUGAAAGCUUUCCCUGCUGCCAACAUAAAAAAAGUGGCGCUGCAUGUUGCUCGUGGCCUCCAGUAUCUCCACAAUGAGAAGAAGCUGCUACACGGCGACAUGAAGUCAUGUAACGUUGUCAUCAAAGGAGACUUUGAGACCGUCAAGAUCUGCGAUGUUGGUGUGUCUCUGCAGAUGGACGAGAACAUGAAAGUGUCAGACCCAAAGGCUGAGUACAUCGGCACAGAGCCGUGGAAGCCAAAAGAAGCUCUGGACGAGGGCGGAGAGAUCACUGACAAGGCAGACAUCUUUGCCUAUGGUCUGACUCUAUGGGAGAUGAUGACGCUGGCCAUGCCUCAUCUGGAGAUGCUUGAGGAGGAGGAGGAGGGGGAGGAUGAAGAGGACUCUAUGGAGUUGAGCUUUGACGAGGAUGCUUACUACGAGAGGUUGGGGACGAGGCCGGCGCUGGAUGUUGAGGCUCUUGAUGGCUCGUACCAGAGGAUGGUGGAGCUUUUCUAUCUCUGCACAGAGGAAGACCCCAACAAGAGACCUUCAGCUGCCCAGAUUGUCCAGGCUUUAGAAAGCAACGCUUCACUGGAUAAGAUGCCCAAUGAGUUGAUCUUUAUUGAGUGAUUUACACUUUUUUUUGUCAGGGAUCUACAUUGGAGAUUUCAGACCAAGAUAAACUGAUGGAGGAAUUUUUUUUUUGUUUGUUUGGUCUCAACAUUUACUUUUUCUGGAGCUUCUAAAUUACUAAAACAAUCUUGCCUCAUGAAAAAAAAGCACAGCAGUCCCUGGUGAAUGCAUCAGUUGACUGACAUUAAAAAGCUACAACUCACUGUAUACUGUCCAUAUUUGUUGGUUUACACUUUCAAUAGCACAUUGCUCUAUUUGUUUGUCUGUACGUUAACUGUUCGGUUGUAAAUGUUUUUCUUCUCCAUACCUCUCAAUUCAUGAGUUCUUUUUCCAUGUAUGUCAAAUAAUUAAAAACUUUAAA